UGCACUCAGUUGAGCAGAUCAUCAGGGUGAGACACAGUAAGAGCUUUAUUCACAGGAUUCCCUCUGAGAUGAAUGUUGAAGCACUAAGCAUGAGCCAGUUAUAAUAUCAUCUCUCAAAUUAAAAUCAAAGGAUAAAAAAUCAGAGAAACGGAAAUAAUAUGGAAGAGUCUGAUAAAAGUGGGUGGGCUCCAAUACACCACGCAGCUUACAGAAAUCACAUAUCACUGAUAGAACGUCUCAUAAAGUCUUCCGGACCAGAACAACUGGAAACCUUGACCAAUGACAGCCUUCAGAAUACCCCGUUACUACUUGCUGCAUCAAGUGGUAGCAAAGAAAUGGUCAACAUACUAAUUAAACAUGGCGCAGACAUCACAUUCCAUAACAGGCAAAGUCAUGGGGUAAUAGAGAUGUGUGCCAUUUAUGAGCAUGUGGAUCUUCUCAGAUAUUUUCUGUCUCUUGCUGAUCAAAACCUCAAUGUAUAUAAGAAGCUGGUGGCACUACUGUAUUCAGACAAAAAAGAUUAUAUUAUCAGUGCCUGCUCUGUCAUUGCUGGACUGAUGGGGCAACAAGAAGAUGCCCUGAGUUCACUUGUUGACAGCUUGCUUGCUGAAUCUCUGGUAUUAGGCUUGGUCACUGUGCUGGAGAAAAAUAUUGCAGAUAAUGCAAAGAAAUAUGUAUUCAAUAUUCUAAAACUUGUUUUGGAGAACUCAAAUGCAAAGAAGCAGGUCUGUAAAGAUAAUCAUAUUGCUGCACUGAUUCCUAUGGUUUUCAGUGUGUCCAGGCAACUUGUCCCUGAUUUGUUAGAUGCAGUGUGUGAGCUGAUAAACGAGGUGAGCUUUGCUGAAACAUACUCAGCCAACAUCAUUCCAGUACUUAUGAAAUUACUAUCUAAUAAAGACAAGGACGUCUUGCUGCCAGCUCUAAAAGCCAUGGCCUUGAUGGCUGCUGCUUCACCAAUCUGCAAGGAUGCCUUGGGCAAACAAACUGAUCUGGUUCCACUUUUGGUGCAACUGUUUUAUGAAUGCCAACAGAAAACCUUGAUGGUUGCGUGGAGUGAAGCUGUAGGAAACAUUGUAGAGGGAAAUCCAAACAACCAAAAUUCUUUUAUUUGUGAGAAUAUAGGGACAAUUCUUCAUCAGAUGCUGAAAUUCAAAACCAGAGAUGUACAGAUGUCAGCCAUCAAAACCAUACACAGACUUGUGUCCAGUAAUGUGACUGCACAGAAGACAUUCAUGGAACAAAAUGGAAUUUCUCCUCUUCUUCAUUUACUCAAGAGAACUCGUACAGUGCGUACUCAGGAGGAAAUAAUACAGACUCUUUGGGCUUUAGCAGGAGCAGACAAAGAAAGACAGAGAAUAAUUGCAGCCAGAAUAGGUGUAUCCUUGCUAGUGGAAUUUCUGGAAACCCCUUCAUAUAAGCUGAAUUUAAUUGGCACUAAAGCUUUGAGUGUUUUGGUUCAGGGUCCGUAUGAUGUGAGAAAUGCUGUUGCGUCUGCCAGUGGAGCACACCAUCUGGUCCGACUGCUGACAUCAAACAUGGAGGAUGUGCUUCUCAGUGCAGUUCAAACUGUUCGGCACAUAUGCCUUGGUGUUGGUUUUAUUUCUCAUCACAAAAACCAGACUGCUGUUGCAGGUUGCAGGGGCCUUCACUACCUGGUGGCAUUAUUAAUCUAUUCUCAGUCAGAAUGUAUCCGAGUGGAGGCAGCACUUACAAUUGCAGCAAUUGUUCUAGGACACAGUGAGAACUUGGGACUGCUCUGCAGGGAUUCAGAUUUCAGUUAUGAGUAUGUUCUGCGCUUGUGGCAUUCACACAGAGAAGAUGUUGGCCUGUUAGCAGGUUCUGCUUUAGCAACCUUUGCUUUUAACUGUCCAAGUCAGCAGAAGGCCAUUGUCCAGUGUGGUGGAGUCAGAUGGUAUCAAUUUAAGUCUUUUCUGAAAUCUUCUAAGGAGACUUUUAGGACUCAUGCAGCUUUCCAGUUAGUUAUUCUUGCACCAAUCAUACUUGACAAGAAGCCGUCGUAUACCUGUGCUGUUGGAAUUCAGACUCUUGUCAGUUUGCUAGAAGAUUCAACCUCAGAUGAGACUCUUGCCUUGGCAGCAGACUGUGUGGCAAGACUGUCUCACUCAAGAGCAGGUCUUCCAGCUGCAAUGGUCUCCAUAGAAGUUGUCAGCAUGUUAUGUCAGCUGCUUUCCAGUGUAUCAGAACAAGUGCAAGGCUCUGCUGCUAUUGCACUGAAUUACUUAAGCUUCAAUCACGUAGCACAAAGGCAGCUUCUUAAGAGGUGCAGAGAAGAUCCCCAACUAAUGAAAGCAUUAAUUUAUUUUAAUAAGAAACAAAAAUGGUCUACAAAUUUUCUUGAGCGAUGGAAACACAUAAAGGAACUGACCCUGCCGCCUGUCAGGAGAAGAAGAGUAUCUUUACCACCAAUUAAUAACCAGAUAAAGGACAGGACAACACCCAGGAACCAGCUUGGUAAUGUAUCUAAUUGUAUCUAUUGGUAACCAUAACUGUUUUUUACUGUAUAUGCAGAUAGAGCUGCCAUCAGGAAUCACAGGGCCCCCAUACUAAAUAGGGAUGCACUGAAUCCACUAUUUUGGAUUCGGCCGAACCCUCUGAAUCCUUUGUGAAAGAUUC